GGGGAGGAUGGUGAGGGGUUCGGGGCGUGGAUUUGCUCUGGGAUUGCGGUGAUUCCGGGCUGUUCCGGGUGUGUAAGGGAGGAGACGGAUCCACGCAUCAUCAUCGGCCGCCGCCGCAGCAGCACCGGGUGGACGCGGGACGGAGCUGCUCCAUGCUGGGGCUGGACUGACACGCCGACACCGUGUGAUAACACCGAGGAAAAUGAUGUGCGCAGCAACCGCACCCCCUCCUCCACCCCCGGCUGCUACCUCGGGACCCGGGGGCAACGGCUUGUUCCCUGUGCCCCCGGCUUCCUGCAUGGCGCCAAUCAAUAUGUCUGGGGGCCAGGACGUCACCCCGGCUCCGCAGUCUGACUGCAGAAGCCGCUACCAGCUGCUGCUCUCCGGGAAGGCCCUGGCCGAGCGCUACCGGCAGAUCUACACGGCUGCGGUGAAUGACAGAGACCAGCAGGCUGGACAGAGCGCCAGUCCGGCAGAGCGAAAUAAGAAAAUUCUUAGCAAGAAGAAACUAAAACGGAAGCAGAAGGCCAAAUCAAAAGGGAAAUUGCGAAGCAAGGCUGACAACCUGGAAAAUGCUCUUUUCAUACCCGACCUCAAGCUCUACAGUAACCCUUCAGCAUUCAAUGUUUAUUGCAAUGUCCGUCACUGUGUCUUGGAAUGGCAGAGGAAAGAAACCUCCGUUUUAUUAUCCUCAAAGAACUCUGUGCAGAGUGGGGAGUCAGACAGCGAUGAAGAGGAGGAAUCCAAAGAGCCACCUACUAAGCUUCCAAAGAUAAUUGAAAUUGGUUUAUGUGAAGUGUUUGAAUUGAUAAAGGAGACACGCUUUUCUCACCCGUCACUGUGUUUGAGGAGCUUGCAAGCUCUCCUCAAUAUACUACAGGGUCAGCAGCCAGAGGGACUCCAGUCCGAACCCCCUGAAGUGUUGGAAUCUCUUCUUCAGCUUAUUCUGGAAAUCACUGUUCGUAGUACAGGAGCCAAUGACACCACCGGACAGUCGCUAACUGCACUUUCCUGUGCCUGCCUAUUCAGUCUGGUGGUAGCAUGGGGAGAAACAGGAAAAACUCUUCAAGCCAUCUCGGCUAUUCUUACCAACAAUGGCAGCCAUGCAUGCCAAACAAUUCAGGUGCCAAUCAUCUUGAACUCUCUGCAGCGGAGUGUUCAAGCGGUUCUGGUGGGUAAAAUUCAGAUCCAGGACUGGUUUACAAGUGGGAUUAAAAAGGCUUCCUUGAUGCAAAAAUGGUCUCUGAAAGAUAUCCCAGUCGUUGAAGAUGAUCAGUGCCUCCUUCAGAGCGAUGGCUUUUUCCUCUAUCUUUUAUGCAAAGAUGGCCUUUACAAAAUUGGUUCUGGAUACAGCGGGACAGUAAGGGGCCACAUAUACAAUUCCACAUCCCGCAUCAAGAGCAGAAGAGAGAAGUCGUCUUGGUUAGGUUAUGCUCAGGGUUAUUUGCUCUACAGAGAUGUGAGCAAUCACAGUAUGACAGCCAUAAAGAUUAACCCAGAGACUUUGGAACAGGAUGGAACGGUAACUGUGCCAGAUUGUAAUGCUGAUGGCCAGAACAUACUCUUUACUGACGGGGAGUUUGUCAACCAAAUCGCUGCUUCUAAAGAGGAUGGAUUUGUUGUUCGAAUAUUUGCUACCAGCACAGAGCCUGUUUUACAGCAAGAGUUACAACUUAAACUGGCUCGGAAAUGUUUGCAUGCCUGUGGCAUUUCGCUCUUCGAUUUGGAGAAAGAUUUGCACAUCAUAAGCACUGGCUUUGAUGAAGAAUUGGCUGUUCUGGGCGCAGGAAGAGAGUUUGCUCUGAUGAAAACAUCUAGUGGAAAGGUUUAUUACACUGGCAAAUAUCAGAGCCUAGGCAUCAAGCAAGGUGGUCCCUCUUCUGGGAAGUGGGUGGAACUUCCAAUAACAAAAUCUCCAAAGAUUGUCCAGUUCUCUGUUGGUCACGAUGGUUCUCAUGCCUUACUCUCUGCUGAUGAUGGGAGUGUAUUUUUCACUGGCACAGCAAGUAAAGGGGAAGAUGGCGAAUCAACAAAGAGCAGGAGACAGUCUAAACCAUACAAACCUAAGAAAAUGAUCAAAAUGGAAGGUAAAUUUGUUGUGAGCACAGCGUGCAAUAAUGGGAGCAGUUCAGUCCUUACCAAGGAUGGUGAGCUGUAUAUGUUCGGGAAAGAUGCCAUCUAUGCUGACAACUCAAACUUGGUAACAGACCUGAAAGGACAUGUAGUUACACAAGUAGCCAUGGGAAAAGCUCACACUUGUGUGUUGACUAAGAAAGGAGAGGUAUGGACUUUUGGUGUAAAUAACAAGGGACAGUGUGGAAGAGAUACUGGAGCUUUGAGCCAAGGAGCAAAAGGAUUUGGGGUCGAGAACAUGGCAACAGCCAUGGAUGAAGACCUGGAGGAAGAGCUGGAUGAGAAGGAUGAUAAAUCUUUAAUGUGCCCCCCUCGAAUGCAUAAAUGGAAGUUGGAACAUUGCAUGGUUUGCACUGUCUGUGGAGACUGCACUGGAUAUGGAGCCAGCUGUGUUAGCAGUGGACGCCCGGACCGUGUUCCAGGAGGAGUUUGUGGUUGUGGUUCUGGAGAGUCAGGCUGCGCAGUAUGUGGAUGUUGCAAAGCUUGUGCUCGAGAACUGGAUGGACAUGAAGCACGGCAAAGAGGAAUUCUAGAUGCAGUGAAAGAGAUGAUACCUUUAGACCUGCUCCUAGCUGUGCCAGUGCCAGGGGUUAACAUUGAUGAACACCUUCAGUUACGUCAGGAUGACAAGAGACAGAGGGUCAACAGGAGACACCGGAUAGAUGAUGGGAGAGGCCCCUUUGUAUUUCCUGGUGCUAAUUUUAUGAACCAACGAGAGCAGGCUCUAGCCAGACUAAGAGCUCUACCAGCACAGCUAAAGAUUAAGCGGGACAAGAAAAAAGAUGAGAGCAGAGAACAAGGAGAGAAGGAUGCCAGCAAAAUCACCACUUACCCUCCUGGGACAGUUCGGUUUGAUAGCGAGCUCAGGGCUGUUCAGGUCAGCUGUGGCUUCCACCAUUCAGUGGUUUUAAUGGAAAAUGGUGACGUGUAUACUUUUGGAUAUGGUCAACACGGGCAGCUUGGGCAUGGUGAUGUGAGUUGCAGGGGCUGUCCAACGCUAGUACAAGCACUGCCAUGCCCAAGUACACAGGUCACGGCUGGAAGCAAUCACACCGCUGUCCUCUUGCAGGAUGGACAAGUAUUCACCUUUGGAAGCUUCUCUAAAGGACAGCUAGGAAGACCUAUUUUAGACAUGCCUUACUGGAAUGCAAAGCCAGCCCCCAUGCCGAACAUUGGCUCGAAAUAUGGAAGGAAAGCAACAUGGGUUGGGGCAAGUGGAGACCAGACCUUCCUGCGGAUUGAUGAAGCACUUAUCAACUCACAUGUUUUAGCUACAUCAGAGAUAUUUGCAAGUCGGCACAUAAUAGGUCUUGUGCCAGCAUCUAUGAGUGAACCUCCUCCAUUUAAAUGUCUUCUCAUCAAUAAAGUGGAUGGAAGCUGUGCUACAUUCAAUGAUUCUGAACAAGAAGAUCUGCAAGGGUUUGGAGUUUGUUUGGAUCCAGUCCAUGAUGUUAUUUGGAGAUUUCAGGCCAGCACCAGAGAGCUGUGGUGUUAUAAUGCUGUCAUAGCAGACUCCAGGCUUCCAUCAGCCCCUGACAUGCAGUUAAGAUGUAGCAUACUUAGUCCAGAGCUGGCACUCCCAACAGGCCAGAAAGCUGUAACUACUCGAUCACACGCAGCUUUGCAUAUACUAGGCUGUCUUGACACUCUGGCUACAAUGCAGGACUUGAAAAUGGGAGUCUCAAGUACUGAAGAGGAAACUCAGUCUGUGUUGAAAGUUUAUUCCAAGGAGGACUACAGCGUUGUAAACCGAUUUGAGAGCCAUGGAGGUGGCUGGGGGUACUCGGCACAUUCAGUGGAAGCGAUUCGAUUCAGUGCUGACACAGACAUCCUACUUGGAGGGCUGGGUCUCUUUGGAGGCAGAGGGGAGUACACUGCCAAAAUAAAGCUGUUUGAAUUGGGGUCAGAUGGAGGUGAUCAUGAAACAGACGGAGACCUUCUUGCUGAAACUGAUGUUCUUGCAUAUGAUUGCGCAGCCAGAGAGAAAUAUGCAAUGAUGUUUGAUGAGCCUGUACUUCUACAAGCUGGCUGGUGGUAUGUGGCAUGGGCUCGUGUGUCUGGACCUAGCAGCGACUGUGGAUCUCACGGACAAGCUUCAAUAACAACAGAUGAUGGUGUUGUUUUUCAGUUCAAAAGCUCAAAGAAGUCAAAUAAUGGCACAGAUGUCAAUGCAGGCCAAAUACCACAGCUGCUGUACAGAUUGCCUACAAGUGAUGGAAGUGCCACUAAAGGAAAGCAGCAAGUCAGCGAACCAGUUCAUAUCUUGAAACGCUCAUUUGCCAGAACUGUUUCAGUGGAAUGUUUUGAAUCCUUACUGAGCAUUUUGCACUGGAGUUGGACCACUCUGGUUCUUGGGGUGGAAGAGCUCAGAGGGCUGAAAGGAUUCCAGUACACAGCGACUCUACUGGAUUUGGAAAGACUGCGUUUUGUGGGUACCUGCUGUUUGCGGUUGUUGAGAGUCUACACAUGUGAAAUAUACCCUAUAGCAGCUUCCACUAAGGCUGUUGUAGAAGAGACAACCAAACUAGCUGAGUGCAUUGGAAAAACCAGGACAUUGCUUAGAAAAAUCCUUUCUGAAGGUGUGGACAACUGCAUGACAAAACUGGAUAAUGACCCUCAAGGAUAUCUCAGCCAGCCAUUAAGUCUGCUUGAAGCUGUACUGCAAGAGUGUCAUAACACCUUUACAGCUUGUUUCCACUCUUUUUAUCCCACUCCUGCACUCCAGUGGGCAUGUUUGUGCGACUUGCUCAACUGUUUGGAUCAGGACAUCCAGGAAGCAAAUUUCAAGACUUCAAGCAGUCGCCUGCUAGCAGCAGUUAUGUCUGCUCUGUGUCACACAUCUGUGAAGCUUACUUCCAUCUUUCCUAUUGCUUAUGAUGGUGAAGUCCUACUUCGCUCCAUGGUGAAACAAGUCAGCACAGAAAAUGACACUGCACUGGCUCACCGCUUCCCUCUACUUGUGUCAGCAAUGGAGAAACUCAGUCAGAGCGAGGAGAAUGUUUCUGGAAUGACCAGCUUCCGGGAGGUUCUGGAAAAGAUGUUAGUCAUUGUUGUGCUGCCUGUAAGGAACAGCUUACGCAGGGAAUAUGAACUCUUUUCUUCACACCUGGUAUCCAACACAUGUGGUCUCCUGGCUAGUAUUGUCAGUGAACUGACAGCAUCUGCUCUUGGAUCGGAGGUCGAUGGCUUAAAUUCUCUCCAUUCAGUCAAGUCCAGUCCUAAUCGCUUCACGAAAACAAGCCAAGGUAGAAGUUGGAAUACUGGGAAUGGAUCUCCUGAUGCAAUCUGCUUCUCGGUUGACAAACUUGGGGUUGUCGUUGUCGGAUUCUGUGUCUAUGGAGGAGGUGGAAUCCACGAGUAUGAGCUGGAAGUUCUGGUAGAUGAUAGUGACCAUUCUGCUGAUGCAGGCCACUCUCAUAGAUGGACAUCACUUGAGCUUGUGAAGGGCACUUACACCACAGAUGAUUCACCAAGUGAUAUUGCUGAAAUUAGGCUGGACAAAGCCGUGCCACUAAAGGAGAACACUAAGUAUGCAGUGCGUUUGAGGAAUUAUGGAAGUCGCACAGCUAAUGGGGAUGGUGGAAUGACCACUGUUCAAUGCCCUGAUGGGGUGACCUUUACGUUCAGCUCCUGCAGUUUGAGCAGUAAUGGUACAAACCAAACCAGAGGACAAACCCCUCAAGUAUUAUACUACAGGAGUGAAUAUGAUGGAGACCUGCAGUCGCAGCUUUUGAGCAAAGCCAAUGAGGAAGACAAAAACUGCAGCCGGUCCCUCUCGGUGGUAAAUGCUGUAACCAGAGCUGCUAAAGACCUACUGCACAGAGCACUUGCUGUUGAUGCUGAUGACAUUCCAGAACUGCUUAGUUCCUCCAGUCUCUUUUCUAUGCUGCUUCCCCUGUUAAUAGCUUACAUUGGACCAGUAGCAGCUGCUAUCCCAAAGGCUGCUGUUGAAGUAUUUGGUCUCGUGCAGCAGUUGCUCCCAUCAGUCGCCAUUUUGAACCAAAAAUAUGCCCCUCCCCUCUUUAAUCCAAACCAAUCAACUGACAGCACAACUGGCAAUCAGCCUGAGCAGCUCUCUGCAUGUACUACCUCCAGUCACUAUGCUGUGGUGGAAAGUGAGCACCCGUACAAGGCAGCCAGUGUGAUGCAGUAUAAGGUUUCUCUCCCUGAAUGUGUGAGGUGGAUAUCUGUGGAAUUUGACCCUCAGUGUGGCACUGCGCAGCCAGAAGAUGUUUUGCGUCUGUUGAUCCCAGGCCGGAAUGCACAUAUCUCAGGUUUUGGACCAAAGCUUCCUAUUCAUGAAAGCCUUAACUCCUGGGUUGAGCUCAAGAAGUUUUCUGGCUCCUCUGGGUGGCCAACUGCUGUCUUAAUAUUACCAGGCAAUGAGGCUAUGUUUUCACUCGAAACUGCAUCAGACUAUGUUAAAGAUGAAAAGGCUUCUUUUUAUGGCUUCAAGUGUUUUGCCAUUGGUUAUGAAUUUAGCGCAGGACUUGAUGAGGGGAUUAUCCAGCUGGAGAAAGAACUUGCCAACCUAGGAGGCAUAUGUGCUGCCGCUUUAAUGAAGAAAGAUUUGGCUCUCCCCAUUGGUAGUGAAUUGGAAGAAGAUUUGGAGAUUGUUGAAGAGGCUGCAUUGCAGGUGUGCAAAACUCAUUCUGGGAUUUUAGGAAAAGGCCUUGCUCUGUCUCAUUCUCCAACCAUACUGGAAGCUCUAGAAGGAAACCUUCCCUUGCAGAUUCAAAGCAACGAGCAGUCUUUUCUAGAGGAUUUCAUCACUUGUGUGCCUGGGUCUAGUGGUGGACGUUUGGCAAGGUGGCUUCAACCAGAUUCAUAUGCUGAUCCACAGAAGACUUCCCUAAUCCUUAAUAAAGAUGAUAUUAGAUGUGGCUGGCCCACUACUAUAACUGUACAGACAAAGGAUCAGUAUGGUGAUGUUGUUCAUGUGCCAAACAUGAAGGUGGAGGUGAAAGCAGUUCCCGUUUCACAAAAGAAGACCUCUCUUCAACAAGAGCAGGUGAAAAAACUUCCUCGUAUCCCAGGCAGUCCAUCAACCUCCGCGUCUUCAGGCUCUGAUAUGACUUUUGGCGGCCUUUCUGCACCUAAGCUUGAAGCUUCCUAUGAACCAAUGAUUGUAAAAGAAGCACGUUACAUUGCCAUUACCAUGAUGAAGGCAUAUGAAAACUACUCAUUUGAAGAACUCCGUUACGCCUCGCCUAUGCCCAAACGGCCAAGUGAGAACAUGUUAAUAAGAGUCAACAAUGAUGGCACGUACUGUGCAAACUGGACUCCUGGAGCGGUUGGCCUUUACACCAUACAUGUUACUAUAGAUGGAAUAGAAAUUGACGCUGGGUUGGAAGUUAAAGUAAAGGACCCACCCAAAGGCAUGAUUCCACCUGGAACUCAGUUGGUAAAACCAAAAGCGGAACCACAGCCGAAUAAGGUCCGCAAAUUUGUGGCCAAGGACAGUGCAGGGCUUCGUAUUCGUAGCCACCCUUCCCUUCAGAGUGAGCAGAUAGGCAUAGUGAAAGUCAAUGGAACCAUCGCUUUUGUUGACGAGAUCCACAAUGAUGAUGGUGUGUGGCUUAGACUGAAUGAUGAGACAAUAAAGAAGUAUGUUCCUAACAUGAAUGGUUACAAUGAAGCUUGGUGCCUGUCAUUUAAUCAGCAUCUUGGCAAAAGUCUGCUGGCUCCUGUUGAUGAGCAGGUAGCAAAUGCGGAGGAUUUGUUGAAAGACUUCAACGUGCGUUGCACACAGGAAAUGACAAUGCGAGAGCAUGACGUCCCGAUACUCAGGGGCGGACCUGGAUUCUACAAGGUAGUGAAGACUGGGCCCUCUGGUCACAACAUCAGAAGCUGCCCAAACCUAAGAGGUAUCCCAAUUGGAAUGUUAGUACUGGGAAACAAAGUCAAGGCUGUGGGCGAGGUGGUCAGUUCUGAAGGUACAUGGGUUCAGUUGGAUAAAAACAGCAUGGUAGAGUUCUGUGAGAAUGAUGAGGGUGAAGCUUGGUCCUUGGCUAGAGACGCUGGUGACAAUCAAUAUCUUCGUCAUGAGGAUGAGCAAAUUUUAGAUCAGGGUUCUCAGACUCCACCUCCAAGCCCGUUUUCCAUUCAGAUUUUCCGUCGCACUGCAAGUGGAACCAUCGUGCCAGGAUUUGACUAUGGCCUUGGAAAUAAUAAAGAUGAAAGGGGACAAUUUUCUGUUGCUGCCGCCAAGCCGACUCCUACAACAAGCAAAUCAGACUUUCCUUUAAAGAAAGUUGAAAGCAAGUCAUCCAAGCCAGAUGGAAGAGCAAGCCGCUCUAAUGCUGAUCAGAAGAAACCACGAAAUAAUGAAGGGCUCACAGCCAGUGAAUCUCUUCUCCUUAAGUCAGAUGCUGCAAAACUCAGAUCAGAUUCCCACAGCCGAUCUUUAUCACCAAACCACAACACUCUACAAAUUCUGAAGUCUGAUGGAAAAUCAUCUGGCCUGAGAUCUGAAUCUCCUGGCCCUGGCUCACGUUCCACAUCACCAAAGCCAAAGACUGUGCCUGCCGGAAAGAAUAACGUGUCCAGUGCAGGUGCUUCACGCUCUGCAUCUCCACAGGAGAAAAACCUACCUCAAAAAGCUGCCACUCCUGCAAAGACCAAACUUGAACUACCACGGGAAAGAUCCAAGUCAGAUUCCUAUACUCUGGAUCCUGAUACACUACGCAAAAAGAAGGUACCAUUCACAGAACCGUUAAGGGGGCGAUCCACUUCACCCAAACCGAAAAUUACUGCGAAGGAUGGUAAACCUUCGGGUGGUAGUGAAAACAGAGCUCCAUCUCCACAUGUUGUCCAAGAAAAUCUACACAGUGAGGUAGUUGAAGUUUGUUCUUCAAGUACAUUAAAGACCAACAGCACUACUGACGGCACAUGCGAGGACAAUACUGAGGUAAAUAGUAUUGAUGAUGGUGCAUGCAAAGUUCAUUUUAGCAUUGGAAAAGCACCACAAAAGGAAGAGCAAGACACUCGGUCAUCUCCCAAAGUAAGCCGUAAGAGUGCUGGGAGGCAUGUUCGGCCCAAAAAGGAAAAAACAAACUUUCUUUUUAAAGAUGGUUCAAGGUCUGACCCAACAAAGGAAGCAAUGUCCCCAUCUGUGGCUGAAUGUGCAAGAGCAGUGUUUGCAGCUUUUCUUUGGCAUGAAGGUAUAGUUCAUGAUGCUAUGGCUUGUUCCUCUUUUUUGAAAUUUAAUCCAGACCUGUCCAAAGAGCAUGCACCCAUUAGAAGCAGUCUUAACAGUCAACAGCCUACAGAGGAAAAAGAAGUCAAGUUAAAAAACAGGCACUCCAUAGAAAUAUCAUCUGCUCUUAACAUGUUUCAUAUAUCACCACAUGGGCCAGACAUAUCAAAAAUGGCCAGUAUUAAUAAGAACAAAGUUUUGUCGAUGCUUACAGAACGGACACUUCAUGAGAAGUGCGAGGAUGCCAAGAACGAGAGUUCCCCAUUUGAGGUUUCAAACCACCAUUCCACCAAAUCCAGAGCCCUUCUUCCCUUAACACUUCAACACCUAGUGGCUUUUUGGGAGGAUAUUUCAUUAGCCACCAUAAAAGCAGCUUCCCAGAAUAUGAUUUUCCCCAGUCCUGGAUCUUGUGCUGUGUUAAAGAAAAAAGAAGGUGAGAAGGACAGCAAAAAAGCCAAAAAGGAGAAGAAGAAGAAGGAAAAGGCAGAGUCGCGGCCACGUGGUAAUCUCUUUGGUGAAAUGGCCCAACUGGCAGUAGGAGGACCAGAGAAAGACACAAUUUGUGAACUGUGCGGAGAGUCGCACCCUUAUCCAGUGACAUAUCACAUGCGGCAAGCUCACCCAGGCUGUGGAAGAUAUGCUGGUGGUCAAGGCUAUAACAGCAUAGGACACUUCUGUGGUGGAUGGGCUGGGAACUGUGGUGAUGGAGGAGUAGGUGGAAGCACAUGGUACUUAGUCUGUGACCGCUGCAGAGAGAAAUAUCUCAGAGAAAAACAAGCAGCGGUAAGGGACAAGGUAAAGCAGUCCAGAAGGAAGCCAGUACAGGUGAAAACUCCACGUGCUUUGCCUACCAUGGAAGCUCAUCAAGUGAUAAAAGCCAAUGCACUCUUCCUGUUGUCCUUGAGUAGUGCUGCAGAACCAAGCAUUCUCUGUUAUCACCCUCCCAAACCAUUCCCAUCCCAGCUACCCAGUGUGAAAGAAGGCAUCUCUGAAGAUCUGCCUCACAAGAUGCAAUGUCUCUACCUGCAAACUUUGGCAAGACAUCAUCAAGAGAACUUUGUAGGCUAUCAGGAUGACAACCUCUUCCAGGAUGAAAUGAGAUAUCUUCGCUCUACAUCAGUGCCAGCUCCUUACAUAUCAGUCACUCCUGACGCUUGUCCAAAUGUUUUUGAGGAACCAGAGAACAACAUGAAAUCGAUGCCACCCAGUUUGGAAACAAGUCCUAUUACAGAUACUGAUUCUGCUAAACGCACAGUCUUCCAAAGAUCUUAUUCAGUUGUGGCCUCCGAAUAUGACAAGCAGCAUUCAGUUCUUCAGCCACGAGUCAAAGCUAUUCCCAGGAGGAGAGUCAACAGUGGAGAUGCCGAAGUUGGGUCCUCGUUAUUGAGACACCCAUCACCAGAGCUGUCUCGCUUGAUCUCUGCUCAUAGCUCACUGUCUAAAGGAGAAAGGAAUUUCCAGUGGCCAGUUUUAGCCUUUGUUAUCCAACACCAUGAUCUUGAAGGCCUAGAGAUUGCCAUGAAACAGGCUCUUAGGAAGUCAGCUUGCAGGGUCUUUGCUAUGGAGGCUUUCAACUGGCUUCUUUGCAAUGUCAUUCAAACAACGUCUCUGCAUGACAUUUUAUGGCACUUUGUGGCAUCUCUUACACCUGCUCCACUAGAGCCAGAGGAAGAAGAGGAUGAGGAGAAUAAGGCAAAUAAAGAGAAUGCUGAACAGGAGAAAGAUACAAGAGUCUGUGAACACCCUCUUUCAGACAUUGUGAUUGCUGGUGAAGCAGCGCACCCAUUGCCUGACACGUUCCACCGUCUUCUCCAGACUAUUUCUGAUCUUAUGAUGUCACUUCCUGGGGGCAGUGCACUACAACAGAUGGCACUGAGGUGUUGGAGUCUAAAAUUCAAGCAAUCUGAUCACCAGUUUCUCCACCAGAGUAAUGUUUUUCACCACAUUAACAACAUCCUUUCGAAGUCUGAUGAUGGCGAUAGCGAAGAAAGUUUCAACAUUAGUGUGCAGUCUGGCUUUGAAGCAAUCAACCAGGAACUUUGCUUAGUUACUGCUCUUAAAGACAUGACCAGCAUUGUGGACAUUAAGACUUCUAGCAGACCAGCUAUGAUUGGAAGUUUAACAGAUGGGUCUACAGAGACAUUUUGGGAGUCAGGAGAUGAAGACAAAAAUAAAACAAAGAGCAUCACAAUAAAUUGUGUGAAAGGCAUUAAUACACGCUAUGUGUCAGUUCACGUAGAUAACUCUCGUGAUUUGGGGAACAAAGUCACUUCAUUGACCUUUUUCAGUGGGAAGACUGUGGAAGACCUGUGCAGAGUCAAGCAGGCUGAAUUGGAUUCUAGGCACAUUGGCUGGGUAACAAGUGAACUUCCUGGAGGAGAUAACCAUAUCAUCAAGAUUGAGAUGAAGGGCCCUGAGAAUACACUUAGAGUGCGGCAAAUUAAAGUGCUUGGCUGGAAAGAUGGCGAGUCAAUAAAAAUAUCUGGACAGAUUUCAGCUAGUGUAGCACAGCAAAAGAACUGCGAAUCAGAGACACUGCGUGUGUUCAGACUGAUAACAUCACAGGUAUUUGGCAAGCUGAUCUCUGGGGAUGCAGAACCAACACCAGAACAAGAGGAGAAAGCUCUGCUAUCCUCACCUGAGGGCGAGGAAAAGGUAUACCAGGCAACCUCUGAUGCAGACCUCAAGGAACACAUGGUUGGCAUCAUAUUUAGCAGGAGCAAACUCACCAACUUACAGAAACAGGUAUGUGCCCACAUAGUACAAGCAAUCAGAAUGGAGGCUACACGAGUCCGAGAAGAGUGGGAACACGCUAUUUCCAGCAAGGAAAAUGCAAAUUCCCAGCCAAAUGAUGAGGAUGCUUCAUCUGAUGCUUAUUGUUUUGAACUGCUGUCUAUGGUACUUGCACUGAGUGGGUCCAAUGUUGGAAGGCAGUAUUUAGCUCAGCAAUUGACAUUACUGCAAGAUCUCUUCCACCUGCUGCACACAGCAUCUCCUAGAGUACAGAGACAGGUAACCUCUCUGCUGCGGCGUGUCCUGCCUGAAGUGACACCAACUCGUCUUGCUAGCAUCAUUGGAGUCAAGUCUCUGCCACCAGCAGACAUCAGUGACAUUAUCCACUCUACAGAGAAAGGAGACUGGAACAAGCUGGGCAUUUUGGAUAUGUUCCUGGGAUGCAUCGCAAAGGCACUCACAGUCCAGCUGAAGGCCAAAGGAACACCAAUCACUGGCACUGCAGGGAUGAGUGCUGGAAAAGGUGUAACAACUGUCACUUUGCCAAUGAUCUUUAAUUCUAGUUACCUCAGAAGAGGUGAGAGUCACUGGUGGAUGAAAGGCUCAACUCCAACUCAGAUUUCUGAGAUCAUCAUUAAAUUGAUUAAAGAUAUGGCAGCUGGUCACCUUUCAGAGGCAUGGUCGCGGGUCACUAAAAAUGCAAUUGCAGAGACAAUCAUUGCACUGACAAAAAUGGAGGAGGAGUAUCGAUCCCCCGUACGAUGUAUUGCCACUACCAGGCUAUGGCUUGCUGUUGCAUCAUUGUGCGUGCUUGAUCAAGACCAUGUGGACCGGUUAUCUUCUGGAAGGUGGAUGGGAAAGGAUGGACAGCAAAAACAAAUGCCAAUGUGUGAUAAUCAUGAUGAUGGUGAAACUGCGGCAAUCAUUUUGUGCAAUGCCUGUGGAAACUUGUGUACAGACUGUGAUAGGUUUCUACAUCUCCAUCGGCGAACAAAAUCCCAUCAAAGACAGGUGUUCAAAGAGGAGGAAGAGGCAAUCAAAGUUGAUUUACAUGAGGGCUGUGGGAGAACUAAACUAUUCUGGUUAAUGGCUCUUGCCGACUCUAAAACCAUGAAAGCAAUGGUGGAAUUCAGAGAACAAACGGGAAAACCUGCAAGCAGCAGCUCGGAAACCUGUCGUUUCUGUGGCUCUAGAAAUGGGACAGAAUUAUCAGCUGUGGGCAGCGUGUGUUCUGAUACAGACUGCCAGGAGUAUGCAAAGUCUGCCUGCAGCAAGACCCAUUCGUGUGGGCAUCCCUGUGGAGGUGUGAAGAAUGAGGACCAUUGUUUGCCUUGCCUACAUGGUUGUGACAAAAUUGCAACAAGUCUGAAGCAGGAUGCAGAUGACAUGUGUAUGAUAUGCUUUACAGAAGCGCUCUCUGCAGCUCCUGCAAUUCAGCUUGACUGCAGCCAUGUGUUUCACUUGCAAUGCUGUAGACGGGUUCUGGAAAACCGAUGGCUGGGGCCGCGAAUCACCUUUGGAUUUAUGUCCUGUCCAAUCUGCAAGAACAAAAUCAAUCAUACAGUAUUAAAGGAUCUCCUGGAUCCAAUCAAAGAGCUUUAUGAAGACGUAAGAAGAAAAGCCUUAAUGAGGCUGGAAUAUGAAGGACUGCACAAAAGUGAUGCAAUCACGACGCCAGGAGUACGAUUUUACAAUGAUCCAGCCAGCUAUGCCAUGAAUAGAUAUGCUUACUAUGUCUGCUACAAAUGCAAAAAGGCAUAUUUUGGUGGAGAAGCCCGAUGUGAUGCAGAAGCUGGACAGGGAGAUGACUACGAUCCAAGAGAGCUGAUAUGUGGAGCGUGCUCAGAUGUGUCCAGGGCUCAGAUGUGCCCGAAACAUGGUACCGAUUUCCUAGAGUACAAAUGCCGUUACUGCUGCUCCGUGGCUGUAUUUUUCUGCUUUGGAACAACCCAUUUUUGUAAUGCCUGCCAUGAUGACUUCCAGAGGAUGACCAGCAUACUUAAAGAAGAACUUCCACAUUGUCCUGCAGGUCCAAAAGGCAAACAACUUGAAGGAACAGAGUGUCCUCUUCAUGUGGUUCACCCGCCCACAGGAGAAGAGUUUGCAUUGGGCUGUGGCGUGUGCAGAAAUGCUCACACUUUUUAA